UCGGCGGGCUGUUCCUCCCAGAGUUAACUUUCUAAUCCCGGGUUUGUUGCGUUAGGAGGCGGAGGAGGAGGCGGUGGAAGUCGGGGGAGAGAGAGAGAGGGGGCCGAAAAGUCAGUCAUGUUAUGAGGUUAGGGACGUGGAAGCAGGAUCGUCUACUUGCAUCAGAACUGUGAGGAGAAGAAGAACCAGAAGAAUAAAAGGAGAGGGGGGAAAGGUGGAGAGAGAAGCCCGGGGAAGAGAGUCUAAAUCGGGGGUACAAAGAUGCAGCCGGCCGCGGUGCUGUGGGGCUCCCUGAUAACUUUGCUGCUGAGUCCAGGAGUCCAGGGCAGCGCUGAGUGCCUGUGCGGGAGGAACCACUUCACGUGUGCGGUCAGUGCGUUCGGGGAGUGUACCUGCAUCCCGGCCCAGUGGCAGUGUGACGGGGACAACGACUGCGGGGACCACAGCGACGAGGACGGAUGCAUGCUUCCCACCUGCUCGCCGCUGGACUUCCACUGCGACAACGGCAAAUGUAUCCGCCGCUCCUGGGUGUGCGACGGAGACAACGACUGCGAGGACGACUCCGACGAACAGGACUGUCCUCCCAGAGAGUGCGAGGAGGACGAGUUCCACUGCCAAAACGGCUACUGCAUCCGCAGCCUCUGGCACUGCGACGGAGACAACGACUGUGGGGACAACAGUGAUGAGCAGUGUGACAUGCGUAAAUGUUCGGACAAGGAGUUCCGCUGCACUGACGGCAGUUGUAUCGCCGAGCACUGGUACUGUGACGGAGACACGGACUGUAAGGACGGAUCGGACGAGGAGAACUGCCCCUCAGAUGUGAUGGCAGCCACCUGCAGCGUGGAGGAGUUCCAGUGUGCGUACGGCCGCUGCAUCCUGGACAUCUACCACUGUGACGGAGACGACGACUGCGGUGACUGGUCGGACGAAUCGGACUGCUCUUCCCACCAGCCCUGCCGAUCGGUUGAAUUCAUGUGCAGCAGCGGGAUGUGCAUCAACGCCGGCUGGAGGUGUGACGGCGAAUACGACUGUGACGACCAAUCAGACGAGAAGAACUGCACCACGUCCAUGUGCACGGCCGACCAGUUCCGCUGUGGUACUGGACGCUGCGUCCGGUUGUCGUGGAGAUGCGACGGCGAGCCCGACUGCUCCGACCGCAGUGAUGAAGAGGGCUGCGAGAAAACUGAGAGUCCUCCAUGUGCUCCGGAUCAGUUCCAGUGUGGGAAUGGACGCUGCAUCGGUCAGAGGAAGGUGUGUAAUGAGGUCAACGACUGCGGAGACGGGACCGACGAACACCCACACCAUGACUGUCGUCCACGCUCCAGCGAGGGCAACUGUAACCAGAAUAACGGAGGCUGCUCCCAGAAGUGUCAGAUGGUCAGAGGACUGGUCCAGUGCACCUGUCACACUGGAUACCGACUGAUGGACGACGGCAAAGCCUGCCAAGAUGUGGACGAGUGUGCCGAGGAGGGCUACUGCAGCCAGGGCUGUACCAACACGGAGGGGGGGUUCCAGUGCUGGUGCGUUCAGGGCUACGAGCUCCGACCUGACAAGCGCAGCUGCAAAGCUCUGGGUCCGGAGCCCGUGCUGCUGUUCGCCAACCGCAUCGACAUCCGCCAGGUUUUGCCGCACCGCUCCGAGUACACCCUGCUGCUCAACAACCUGGAGAACGCCAUCGCCCUGGACUUCCACCACAACCAAGAGCUGGUCUUCUGGUCCGACGUGACGCUGGACCGCAUCAUGAAGGCCAACCUCAACGGCUCCAACGUGGAGGAGGUGGUCUCCACUGGUCUGGAGAGUCCAGGUGGACUGGCCAUAGACUGGAUCCAUGAUAAGUUGUACUGGACGGACUCUGGGACGUCCCGUAUCGAGGUGGCCAACCUGGACGGGACGCACCGCAAGGUGCUGCUGUGGCAGAACAUGGAGAAGCCCCGAGCCAUCGCACUGCACCCUAUAGAGGGUAAGAUCUACUGGACGGACUGGGGCAACACGCCUCGCAUCGAGUACUCCAACAUGGACGGCUCCAACCGGCGGGUCAUCGCGGACACACACCUGUUCUGGCCCAACGGCCUCACCAUCGACUACGCCGGCCACCGCAUGUACUGGGUGGACGCGAAGCACCAUGUCAUCGAGAGGGCCGACCUGGACGGACGCAACCGCAAGGCCGUCAUCAGCCAAGGCCUGCCUCACCCGUUCGCCAUCACCGUGUUUGAGGACAGCCUCUACUGGACCGACUGGCACACCAAGAGCAUCAACAGCGCCAACAAAUUCACCGGCAAGAACCAGGAGAUCAUACGCAACAAGCUGCACUUCCCCAUGGACAUCCACACCCUGCACCCGCAGAGGCAGCCCGCAGGGGGCAGGAACCGCUGUGGCACCAACAACGGAGGCUGCAGCCACCUGUGUCUCCCCAGCAACAAGACUCACACCUGCGCCUGUCCCACCGGCUUCAAGAAGGUGGACCACUCCAACUGUGCCAGCGGUCUUGACAAGUUCCUGCUUUUUGCCCGAAGGACGGACAUCCGACGAAUCAGCUUCGACACAGAGGACAUGUCCGAUGAUGUCAUCCCUCUGGCUGACGUGCGCAACGCCGUGGCGCUGGACUGGGACGCCAAAGACGGUUACGUCUACUGGACCGACGUCACCACCGACUCCAUCAACAGGGCGCUGUGGAACGGCACCAAGCAGGAGGUUGUGGUGGACACCAGUCUGGAAAGCCCAGCAGGUUUGGCGAUUGACUGGGUGACCAACAAGCUGUACUGGACCGAUGCUGGUACGGAUCGUAUCGAGGUUUCUAACGCCGACGGGAGCAUGAGGACCGUCCUGAUCUGGGAGAACCUGGACCGGCCCAGAGACAUCGUCGUCGACCCGAUCGGAGGUUUCAUGUACUGGACCGACUGGGGUGCCAACCCAAAGAUCGAGCGUGCAGGAAUGGACGCCUCCAGUCGAAUCGUCAUCAUCUCAUCUAACCUGACGUGGCCCAACGGGCUCGCCAUCGACUACGAGACCAAGCGCCUGUACUGGGCCGACGCCGGCAUGAAGACUAUUGAAUUUGGCAACUUUGAUGGCUCGGACCGACAGGUUUUGAUUGGCAGCCAGCUGCCUCACCCCUUUGGCCUGACUGUACACGAGGACAAGCUGUACUGGACCGACUGGCAGUCCAAGAGCAUCCAGAGCGCCGACAAGCUCACCGGCUUGGGGCGACGCACGCUCGCCGAAAACCUGGAGAACCUGAUGGACAUUCACAUGUUCCACCGACACCGAGAGACAGUGCGUAACCCGUGUGCGGUGAAUAAUGGAGGCUGCAGUCACCUCUGUCUGCUGGCUCCUGCUCCCAAAGCCUCCAGCUGUGCCUGUCCCACCGGGAUCAACCUGCAGACGGACGGAAAGACCUGCACGCCCGGGAUGAGCAGCUUCCUCAUCUUUGCACGGAGGACGGACAUCAGGAUGGUUUCUUUGGACAUCCCCUACUUCGCCGACGUGGUUCUGGCCGUCAAUGGCUCCAUGAAAAACACCAUCGCCAUCGGGGUCGACCCCAAAGAAGGAAAAGUAUAUUGGUCCGACAGCACGCUGAAGAAAAUCAGCAGAUCCAACAUCAACGGAAAAGAACAAGAAGACCUCAUAUCUACAGGGCUGGUGACGACGGACGGCCUGGCGGUGGAUGCCGUCGGCAGGAAGAUCUACUGGACGGACACGGGCACCAACCGCAUCGAGGUUGCCAACCUGGACGGAUCCAUGAGGAAAGUUCUCGUCUGGCAAAACCUGGACAGCCCUCGAGCCAUCGCCCUCUACCACGAGAUGGGCUACAUGUUCUGGUCGGACUGGGGGGAGCACGCUAAGCUGGAGCGCUCGGCGAUGGAUGGUACCGACCGCGUGGUCCUCAUCAGCAACAACCUGGGCUGGCCCAACGGCCUGGCCAUCGACAUGGCCGGCUCGCAGCUGCUGUGGGCCGACGCUCACACCGAGCGCAUCGAGGCGGCCGACCUGAACGGGCAGAACCGACGCACCCUGGUGACUCCAGUCCAGCACCCGUACGGCUUGACCCUGCUGGGCUCCCACAUCUACUGGACCGACUGGCAGAGCCGCAGCAUCCAGAGAGCUGACAAAACCACGGGUACCAACACCAUCACGGUGCGGGCCAACCUGCCGGGCUUGAUGGACAUCCAGGCCGUGGACAGGGAGAGACCGCUGGGUUUUAACAAGUGCGGGCGGGGGAACGGCGGCUGCACCCACCUGUGCCUGCCCCGCCCCAACGACACAUCCUGCGCCUGUCCCACCGGCAUCCUGCUCAAGGGGGACGGCCGGUCAUGCGAGGACUCCCCGGAGUCGUACCUGCUCUUCUCCAACCGCGUCAGCGUGCGCAGGAUCUCCCUCGACACCAACGACCACACCGACGUGCACGUGCCCGUGCCCGAGCUGCACAACGUCAUCUCGCUGGACUACGACAGCGUGGACGGAAAGCUGUACUACACCGACGUCACCCUGGAUGUUAUAAGGCGUUCAAACUUAGACGGCACCGGCAUGGAGACGGUGAUCAGCCAGGGCCUGAAGACCACCGAUGGGCUGGCCGUCGACUGGGUGUCCAGGAACAUGUACUGGACCGACACCGGGCGCAACACCAUCGAGGUGGCCCGCCUGGACGGAACGAGCCGCAAAGUCCUGGUCAACAACAGCUUGGAUGAACCCAGAGCCAUCGCAGUGUUCCCCAGCAAAGGCUACCUGUUCUGGACCGACUGGGGUCACAUUGCAAAGAUUGAGCGAUCUCACCUGGACGGCUCGGACAGAAAGGUUCUGAUCAACACCGACCUGGGCUGGCCCAACGGUCUCACACUGGACUACGACACGAGAAGGAUCUUCUGGGUGGACGCUCACCUGGACAGGAUCGAGAGUUCCGACCUGAACGGGAAACUGCGUCAGGUCCUCGUGAGCCCGGUGUCCCACCCGUUCGCCCUCACACAGCAAGACCGCUGGAUCUACUGGACGGACUGGCAGACUAAGUCCAUCCAACGGGUGGACAAACACACCGGCCGUAACAAGGAAACCGUGCUGCCCAACGUGGAGGGCCUCAUGGACAUUAUAGUGGUAUCGCCUCACAGACAGACCGGUACCAAUCUCUGUGGGGUGAAUAACGGCGGCUGCACUCACCUCUGCUUCGCCAAGACCAACAGUUUUGUGUGCGCCUGUCCUGAUGAACCCGAUGGCCGGCCCUGCUCCACCAUCUCAGGUUACAUCCCCACCUCUCCUGAUAAAGGGGCCAGCAGCACUCCUGUCCCAAAAGCUCCCACAGACACUCCACACGGAGGGUCCUCAGCGGUCAACUGCACCGACAAGAACCAAAACGCAGAAGGCUGCUUGAGCACCGUGGUGACGGCUCCUCACGGGGAAGGACUUCAUAUCAGCUAUGUGAUUGGUGGAGUUCUGACCAUCCUGGCUAUCCUGAUCCUCAUUGCCGCUUUGAUUAUUUACAGACAUAAAAAGUCAAAGUUUGCUGACCCGGGAGUGAGCAACCUGACCUACAGUAACCCCUCGUAUCGGACGUCCACGCAGGAGGUCAAGAUCGAGGCGUCGCAAAAGCCUCCAAUAUACAACCAGCUUCGAUAUAAGAAAGAGGGUGGAGUGGACGGAGGCUACACCAAGGAGAAGAUCCGCAUCGUGGAGGGCGUGUGCCUGCUGUCCAACGACGAGCUUUACUGGGACGACCUCAAACAGAUCAAGCCGUCCCGGGGCGGCCUGCACACCUGCAUGCGCACGGACACCGUGUCCCUGCAGGCCAGCAGCGCCUCGCUAGACGACGGCGAGACGGAGCAGCUCCUCCAGGAGGAGCAGUCCGAAUGCUCCUCCAUCACCACCCUCACCCCCUCGGCCAUCACCCCGCAGCGUCACGCCCAGCACAGCCUCCCCGACACCGGCUGGGUCUCCACGCGCAAGCCCUCCACCGAGAGCGAAGUGUGA